UACCUUUCCGAUUAACAUACUUUGGUUUACUGAGAGUGUAGUAGUGAGAACAUACCGAAGAUGAAUCGGGGAGCAGUAUCAGCAAGGGAUUGGUGUUACGACCAGCGAGGUAGGAGGACGCGAUACUACAACCUGGCGACUUGGAGGGAUUAAAUUGCGAAAAAAAAAGAACAUGAUGGAAGAUUCACGUCCGGUGCCACCGUUCAGGUGCAACCAGAUCGAGACAGGCAAGUUGGCCAAGGAAUGGAGAUCUUGGAAGGAAUCUCUGGAGUGUUACUUUGCGGCAUACGGAGUAAUGGAUCAGCAGGUAAUGAAGGCGAAGCUACUGCAUCUGGGUGGACCAGCGCUUCAAACCGUGUUCAAGAACCUGAAGGAUCGUGACCAUAUGCCAGUUGUUUCCCUUGUUCCAAAAUGGUACGAUGCAGCGGUCGAUAAAUUGGAUGAGUUUUUUGAGCCUCGGCACCAAACUACAUCAGAACGUCGCAAGCUACGCCAGCUCAAACAGAAAUCCGGAGAGAGAUUUGCUGACUUCAUAAUCCGAUUGAAGCAACAAGUUUCGGAAUGCGGUUUUGAGCGUUACGGAGGCGAAAUUGAAGAAAUCCUAACGGAUAUUUUCCUCACCGAUGCGGUGGUAGAGGGAUGCAAUUCGAACGAGGUUAGAAGAAGGAUUUUGCUCAAAGACUUGCCAUUCGCCGAGAUUGAAGCUCUGGGAAUAUCAUUGGAAGGUGUGGACCAUCAAAUCGAGGAAAUGAACGAGCCACCGCAAAAGAUUUGUCGAGUGGGUCCGUCGAAGGAACGAUUUGCGAUCAACAGAGGUACAUCGGCAAAGUCCAAUCCGGCGCGGAAUAAAGCGUGCUACAACUGUGGCAGGGCAGAUCAUCUGGCCGCUUCGAAGUUGUGCCCAGCUCGUGGCAAACAGUGUAGAAAUUGUCAAAUUUAUGGCCACUUCGAACGUCUGUGCCGUAAGCAGAAACAGCAUACUGCGCCUGUUCAGGGCAGUAACCAAGUUCGGGCGGUUGAGGAUGAAAAGCAGAUUCCUAAUGUUGGAAGCAACGCCAAGGAGGAAGAUGAGCAGGACAAGGUAUACUAUGCUUUUUAUUCCGGCAAUGAGAGCAAUGUUCUGACGUGCGGCAUCGGUGGCGUUGAUGUGGACAUGCUUAUUGACUCCGGCGCCGACGCAAAUUUGAUCAGCAAUGUUGCCUGGUCGAAACUGAAAGAGGAACGCGUAAAAUUGAUUUCAUCCACGAAAGGAAGCACCAGGAUUCUCAAGGCCUACGGAAAUAACGAUCCGUUGAAGAUUUUGGGGACGUUUGUAGCGGAGUUAAAGGUUGGCGAGAAAACAAUGCAGGCUGAAUUCCUAGUCGUCGAGGGUGGACAGCGUUGCCUCCUCGGUGACACUACGGCAAAGAGCUUGGGAAUCCUUAAAGUUGGAUUGAAUAUUAAUCAGGUCGACGAUGCACCAUUGCCUUUCUCGACUAUUAAGGAUGUCAAAGCGUUCAUUCACAUGGAUCCGAACAUGGUUCCUGUGUUUCAACCUAUACGCCGCUUACCUUUGCCUUUGGAAGCAGCUGUCAACAAGAAGUUGGACGAGCUACUUCGACGUGACAUUAUUGAGCCGAAAAAAGGGCCUACCACCUGGGUAUCCCCACUCGUCGUUGUAGGAAAGGCAAACGGUGAGGUGCGGUUGUGCUUGGACCUUCGCCGUGUGAACGAGGCGGUUCUCAGGGAGCAUCAUCCUAUGCCGGUGGUUGAUGAUCACAUUGCGCGCCUAGGUAGAGGCACAAUCUGGAGUAAACUGGACAUAAAGGAGGCCUUCUUGCAAAUCGAGCUCGACGACGAAUCUAAGGACGUGACCACCUUCAUCACGGGACGAGGACUGUUCCGUUUCAAACGGAUGCCCUUCGGUUUGGUGACUGCACCAGAGCUCUUCCAAAAGGCUAUGGAUGAGAUUCUAGCCGGGUGUGAGGGUGUAGCCUGGUACCUCGAUGACGUCAUCAUCGAAGGAAAAAAUAUGGAGGAGCAUGACGCACGGCUCAGUGAGGUGAUGUUUCGUUUGAAAAGUCGAAAUGUGGCACUCAACUGGGAAAAAUGCCAGUUUCGUGUUACCGAGCUAGACUUCCUGGGACACAGAAUUUCUAGUAAAGGGAUCCGGCCAUCUGCCACGAAGAUGCGAGCUUUGCUAUCUUUUCGUGAACCUCAAAAUGAACAAGAGCUCCGCAGUUUCCUUGGCUUAGCCAACUACAUGAAUAAGUUCAUACCGAAUUUGGCAACCAUAGAUCAGCCUCUACGAAAGUUGUUAGCAAAGGAUGUCAAAUUUGAAUGGUCAAAAGAACAGGGUGAUUCUUUCAACGAGAUUAAAUCGGCUUUAAGUAAUGUCCAAAAUCUGGGAUUCUACAGAUUAGAAGAUAGAACGGCCGUCAUUGUUGAUGCAAGUCCGUAUGGGUUAGGGGCACUGCUAGUUCAGUUCAAUCGACAUAAUGAGCAUCGCGUAGUAAGUUUCGCUUCCAAAUCGUUGACCGAAACUGAGCGUAGAUACUGCCAGACUGAAAAAGAGGCGCUGGCUAUUGUCUGGGCAGUAGAGCGUUUUCAGUUUUAUUUGCUAGGGAGAUCGUUCGAUAUUAUGACUGAUUGCAAAGCAUUGGCGUUUUUGUUUGCAAUCCGUUCCAAGCCGUGCGCACGAAUCGAACGCUGGGUAUUAAGGCUACAAACAUUUGACUACAGGGUGAUACAUAUCGCGGGCAAAGAAAACGUCGCUGAUUCCUUUUCCCGCCUGGCGGUACAAACUCCCAGACCAUUCGACGUUAACGAAGAGAUAAUGAUUCAAGAAGUAACUAUGUCAGCUCUUUCUUCUACAGCCCUUACGUGGAAAGAAAUCCAAGAUGCAUCAGUAUCGGACCCUGAAAUCAAAAGCGUCUUGGAUUCUCUACUCAAGGACCCAGAUAACUUGCCUAUUGAAUACCGGGUGGUGACAAAUGAGCUGUGCCAGUUUGAAGAUGUUUUGCUCAGAGGGGAUCGGAUUGUUGUUCCGAGAUCUCUAAGGAAUAGAGUGUUGUCUGCCGCCCAUGAUGGUCACCCGGGAAUAACGAUGAUGAAGAAUCAUUUAAGGUCAAAUGUUUGGUGGCCGAAAAUGGAUGCAGAUGUUGAGAACUACGUAAAAGGCUGUAGAGGAUGCACUCUUGUGGCAGCACCAGAUCCACCGGAAACUAUGUCGCGCAGUCAACUUCCGUCAUAUCCUUGGCACACACUGGCGGUAGAUUUUCUUGGUCCAUUGCCGGAUGGACAAAGUCUGUUCGUAGUGAUUGACUAUUAUUCUAGAUUUAUCGAGGUUUGCGAGAUGGAGUCCACCACAGCAAACGAUGUGAUUAGAGAACUGGCUAUUAUGUUCGGAAGGUUCGGCAUCCCAUCGUUUAUUAGGGCAGAUAAUGCUCCUCAGUUUAGUGCUGAGUGCACAGAGUUAAAAGAGUUUUGUGAGUCAACUGGAUUCAAAAUUGUGAAUACAAUCCCUUACUGGCCCCAGUCGAACGGAGAGGUAGAGCGGCAGAAUAGAUCAAUUCUGAAACGACUCCGUAUCGCACAGGAGUUGGGUCUGGAUUGGAGAAAGGAAUUGCGUGAUUACAUAUUGACGUAUCAUUCGACGAAGCAUCCAUCUACAGGGAAACCACCGGGAGAACUUAUGUUUGGAAGGCGCAUCAAAAGCAAGGUACCAUCGAUCAUGAUCUUCAACGAGGAUGGCGCAGUACGUGAGCGUGAUGCAGUGGUAAAACAAAAAGGAAAGGAAUAUGGAGAUGGUAAGCGAAAGGCCAAAAGCUCCAAAAUUAAGGAGGGUGAUACGGUACUGGCGAAACGUAUGCGGAAGAGUAAUAAGCUGGAUACUAACUUCAGUAACGAGGAGUACAUCGUGCAGAGCAAAGUUGGAUCUGAUACAAUUAUAAAAUCUACAAGCUCUGGUAAAGAGUACAGGCGAAACUCAGCUCAUUUGAAGAAAGUAUUAGUCAGCGUUGAACAUAAAGAUUUAGAGGAUCCGCAAGAUGGCUCCGUUUCCGAGCCACAGGUCCGAGAUGAUGAUCCUAUCGAUCCUUCUUCUGCAGGAGUACACAUGAAAAGAAUACGAAAAGCUCCCAGUAAAUAUGAUGAUUAUAUUGCUCAUUAAAAUGUAAAAAGUGUUUAAAAUAAAUAACUCAAAAGGUAAUAGUUUUAUUCAUUUUUAUUCCAAGGGGGGGAUUGUAGUAUAUU